AUGAUCCCGACGAGAGGCGAUCUUGGCCUGAUCCUCAUGUGCAAGUUUGGCGCGAGCCGUAACGCUCCGAAGUUGACAAAGAUAGCUCUAGAUGUUAAUGAAUUGUCCCUAGGGAAUGAACUUCUAGCACCCCAUUUGGAUCCCGAUAGUAGUGUAGAGGAUGAUGCUGAUUUGCUUCAAUUAGCCAACUACAAACAUCAAUCAACAAUUCUCAAUUUGCUUGUUCAACUAAGAAAAAGCGUCGCUCACCCAUAUCUUUUCCGAGGUAUUGAACCAGAACCGUUUAGGGAAGGCGAGCAUUUAGUUGCAGCCAGUGGAAAACUGCAGGUCUUGGAUAUUCUACUGCGUUAUCUAAAGAAACACAAACAUCGUUGUUUGAUUUUCAGUCAAUUUGUUAUUUUCUUGGAUAUUGUGGAUGAUUUUAUGAAUUUGAGAGGCUAUAAAUUUGAGCGCAUUGAUGGCCAAAUCCAAGCUGAUGAUCGCUACGCAGCGAUCAAUAAAUUUCAAAAUGGGGGGAAAAAUAGAACCAAGAAUAAUGGGCACAGUAAUGAUGACGAUGAUCCAUGGUGUUUUCUUAUGUCUACGAAAACUGGUGGAGUUGGUUUAAAUCUCACAAGAGCAGACACAGUGAUAUUUUUGGAUGCAGACUGGAAUCCACAAAAUGACAUACAAGCAAUGGCUCGUUGUCAUCGGAUAGGGCAGGACAAGCCAGUACGUGUAAUACAGCUGAUUGGUCGGUACACGGUUGAGCAACAUAUGAAUGCCCGUAUUCGAAAUAAACUCAAGUUCACUGAUAAAGUUAUGGGUAACGAAGAAAAGAAGCUAUCUGCUUAUCAUGUGAUGGCGACAGUCAAGCGGAAUUUGGGUGCGCUAAAGGAGCAGGACAGCGAGAAUAUAGAAAUGACAGAUCAGGAUCUGGAGAGCAUCAUCGGAGAAACCAAUGCCAACGGUGAAUGGCUCCCAUUGAAAGGAGAGAAAGAGAACGAGAUUCCGAUAGCAGCACGAAUAAAUCCAGACGAGGUGGACACACGGGACACUGACUUCAAUGACUAUCGAGUGUUCGAAGGUCGUGAUUACCGUAUUUCCGCCAAGGAUGAGGCUGAAUCUGAGAAACUACAGCUAUCUGAUUACGAAGAGGAAGACGAUAUGGAAACUCCAGAAGAAAUAAAAGAAACAAAAAAGGAUCGUGCUUCAUCUACUAGUCCUGUGAAAGUGGAGAACAAUGAAAACGGUUCAGUGGAUGAGGUAGAAUCUGACAAAAAGUUCACACCGAAGUUGGGAUCGAAACGGGAAGAUGAAAAUUCGAAGAAUCCGAAGGUGGAAAAAUCGAACCGGAAAAGAGAACUCGUCAUUGAUGAAAACGAAGGCACUCAAAAGGCAGCUGCCAAGAGGAAGAGAAGCAAUGGAGCGGUUCUGUUGCGAUGCAACUGA